AAGUUAUUCAUAUUUUAUAAUUACUUAAAGCUAUGUAUAAUGUACUAUGUAGUUGUAGUUGGUACUUUUUUAUUUUAUAGGUUGGUCGUAAAUCUUGUAUAUAAUAAUCAUUUAAAGAAAACCCAAUUUAGGAGAUAUUGUCUCCUCAAUGUUUUGUUAUAAGUGCACAAAUCUUUUCGAAUUAUAGUGAAAAUAUGGAGACCAAACCUACCACAAAAGAAAAAGUUAUGUCCUAUGAGGAAAAGUCAGUGGGUUCUACACCGUUUUUCAAAUGUGAGGCUUGCCCUUACAUGGCAUUAGCAGUAGACGACAUAAAAUUUCAUCUCUUUACCGUUCAUCCUGAAUUAGCCAAGAAAAAUGGUCUUGCUGAAAAUAUUCAAAUCAACUGCCCGGGUUGUUCAAGUAUAUUUGAAGCAGAGGAAACGUUGAGAACACAUCUACGUAAUCAUCACAAAAUGGGAUUUAAAGAUGUCAAAAAAAUGGUUAAGAGCCUCAUACAAAUUGCUUUAAAAAAUGUGAAGUUAAAAAAAGAUGUACCUUUAACAUGUAGACUCUCAACAAAGGAUGCAACUGGAAAGAUACCACAGGUAAUAGAAAUAGUGCCAGAUGCAUUAAGCACAAUUAAUGAACAGUUACCUAGGGGUGUAGCCUUCAUAUCUGUGGAUGAAUUACAUAAAAUGAGUACUCCUAACUUUGAAAAGAUAGACCCAAAGGAUGUUAUACAAGAAGCCAGCAUAAAUAUUGUAUACACUGAAGAAGUAUCUACACAAUUUGUUAAUAUGCCUAAGGCAAGUAAUGCAGGGCCAUGCAAUCUUGUUCAAAUGUCCAAUGUACCCCCAGAUUUAAUAUCAUCAAUUCAACCACAAAAUAAUAAUAACAUGAUUGCAUCUAAAGAUGAUAUUCUACAUCCAGAUACUACAAAGCCAUAUAAGUAUAAACCAAAAGAUACAGAUGUUAAUCCUAAGGAGCUAGGAAUAUUGUGUUCUGUAAAUAAAUGCCAUAUACGGUUAAAAGAUCCUAAGAUCAUGGCAUAUCACAGGAAGUGUCAUCAUAAUGGCCAACUUCGGUGUCCUGAGUGUCUUAUAGUAUUUGCAACGGCUGAACCGUUACACUCUCAUCUAUGGAAAUCACACUCAAUAGAUUUAGAACUACCCACCUGUGAUAUAUGUGGAUAUAAAACCUUCAAACGGUACAGAUUGAUAAAUAUACACAUGAAAUGUCACAAAAAAAUCAGGGCUUACCCAUGUACAGUGUGUUCAAAAGCUUUUAAAAAUGCUAAUCAAUUAUACAAACAUCGAAUAAUUCAUAAAAAGACCAUGCAAUGUCACAUCUGUAAGACUGAAUUUUCGAACCAACAGAGGCUACAACUACAUAUCUCUGCUGUCCAUGACAAAAUAAAGCCAUUUAAGUGUAGCCAUUGCGAUUAUUCCUGUGCAAGGAAAGAGGAGCUGAAAUUACAUAUCAGAUCUCAUACAGGAGACAAGCCAUACGCAUGUGACCAAUGCAGCUAUCGAUCGGGUGACCACAAUGCUAUGAGACGGCACAAACUGGGCCACUCCAACGAGAGCCUCUACAAGUGCAAGUACUGCCCCUACAGCACCAUCCAGUCCACGAUGUUCGCUUUCCACAUGCUGUCCUCUCACCCGGACGUGGACUCGGGAGAGGUUCACUGCUGCCUUUACUGUCCUUUCAAGACGGUAAACAAAGACAAGUACGCAGUGCACCUCAGCACUCAUACACACGCCAGUGAAAUUGAGAAUGGAGUCGUUCAGCGAGAUAUGAAAAAAGACAAAAGUAAGAGCUGGACCAUUCCCAGUGAACACACAAAAGCGACUGCCGAUGAAAAUAGAAAUAAACCAAAUGAAAACAAAGAUGCAGUGAACUCGAUUCCCAUUGAAGUGUACGAUUGUGAUAGUCUUCCAGACAAUAUGCCGUCGGACGAAACCGCAUCCAACUUUAGUGAUCGGGACAUGGUGACCGACUUCAGCAAAGAAGACAACAAUUCAGAUUGCGUCAUUUCUGACAGUCUGAACAUUAUCGAAAGACAUCAAUUUACGUCGCAAAAUCCUAUUAAACUGCCGUACGAGAGCACGCAAACGAACCUGCAUUAUCUCGGCAGUUCUCUCUCAAUGGACCCAAGUUUACGCCCGAGCGUCAACGUCGAUUCCCUUGCCCCCAAUCACUCCUCGAUGUCGAGUGGCAUCAGCAACAAUAUAAUGGCCAACCUACCCAUACGGUUGCCCCCGGUGCCGAUAUCUUUGCGGAAUAAUAUAACACUGAAACCGAUGGGCAAGAUAUCUCUUCCCAUGCCUAAAGUGACCGGACCAAUUAUUACACCGACGCAAAUUCUACCCGUUCCCUCCUCCUGCCAUUCUCCUAUCGACGUAUUGAACGACAACGAAGGGCUACCAAGAAAAAAAGCAAAGAUAUCCGUUAAAAGCAACCUGAUACUUAAAGGUCCAGAUCAGGUUAACAUGUUCCAUUCUCAACAAAAAAUGGCUUUUAAACAGCUGGAAAAUAACGAAAGAUAUGGGCUCGGCAGUCCCGUUACAUUCAACAAUCUCAUAACUACACAAUUUAUGCAACUACCCCCCGAACCGGUGUUGAGCGAAUCUCCAGCCAAUAUUUUGAACUAUAGUCAAGACAACUUGUUGGGGGACGCGGCCCCUCCUUCCGUUGGCGACGAACUCACGAAUGACCCACAAAUAUUCUCAUUCAACCAACAAAUGAACGUGAACUCGUUGACCAUGCUGCCUCCUGUCCAGAAAAUUCAAUCGAACGAUCCCAGCUACAUUAAACUCGAAGGUACCAUAAAGCAGAACACUCAAUCUCCAAGUUUAGAAAGGAUGUGCACUGCGAACCUGUUAAACGGCCAGGCCUUAAGCAUAGAGUACAAAGCUUCUCCACCUUUAGAAGACAUACACAAAAACAUAAGCGAAAUAAAGAACGAGGUGAAAUCGGAUACGUUUUAUAACAUUCCUCUCAACAACAGCGCCCCCAAUCCGCCCAUCGAUCAAUAUUUGAUGGACAACUUGCUCUCCGAGCAGUACUCGAGUCACUUAGACCUAGCCACGGCCGUGAUGCCGGAUCUGCCCGACCAAAGUGACGUCAUAGAAAUCGACGACAAUUCCGACGAUAACAAACUAUUGUCGCGAUUCGAUGUGAACUACGCCCUCGAGUCGCUUUUCUUGAUGCACAAUGAUUUCCAUUUCUUAGAGAACGACGGAAACACCUCCGAAACAGUCACCGAAGUGAACAGAAUGGUGCCAGGGCCGGAGGUGCCCACGACCAAUCAGAAAGAGGCGGACGAAACGCAGAACGACCUCGAACUUCUAAAUUGUGUUCAGGGAAAGAGAGAUCCCAUGAUGAACACUUCGGUCAGGCCCUCGACGAAUAAAAUAAACGUCAAAAAUAUAGAAUUAAUGAAAAAUUAAAAUGAUAUAUUGAGUAGGUAAAACGUAUACUAUUUGCCUAAAUAAAGACUGUUGUUAUUUA